AUGGCAUUCCCGUCCUCGUCCUCUUUGCCCUUUGGUCUCUCUACACUGUUCAAACCACUUUCACCCUCUCUCGCUCGAACGAGAUUAAAAUCCAACCUAUUCAUCUUAUUCUUAUUCCAAUUAAUCAAAGGGUAUUUCUCACCUUAUAUCACCAUUCGGUCAAUUAUCAUCAAGCUAUCGGAUGGGUACCUGCAAGGGAGGAAAGGGAGGGAAGAGAGCUGGGGUGAAAAUGGGAUUUAUGUGAUUGAAUUCCUCAUUUCAAGCAUAUUGGUCUGGAAUAUAAUCGAAUCUACAAUAUCAAUUCAAUAUCCACAGGAAUAUAUCCCUCCUAUAAGGCAAAAUUUGGUACUGACGCCUUCGAAAGUUUCUUCUCCAUUGACACGUUCAUACUCCCCCGCCUCAUCCUCAACUCCCUCCUCAUCCUCCCAAUCCCAAUCUCAAUCCCAACGAUCCCUCUACCCAUCCACACCAACCCGUAACCAACUAACCUCAUCGACUUCCUCCAACCUAAACCAAUCACAAUCAAAACCACACCCAUUAUCCAACUCGACUUCCAAGACUACCGCUCAGAUAUUCAACUUACCAUAUGAUAAUUCCUCACCUUCCAAAUCAGGUUUAUUUUUCGAGAAGAAAGAUUCACCCCCUAAUACUAAGACCCAAGGGGCAGGGGGAGGGGUCGGGGGCGAUUUCGUAUUGGUAGAUAGGGAAGAGAAAGAUUGGGUGGAUAAUGUUCUGAAAGGUGUAAGAGGUAAAGGAGGUAAAGUUGGUUUGUAA